AUGGCAUUGUUACGCAAAUUAUUGCCCAAGAAGCCCCCUGAUGGACUUGUUUGGGUCUUUGAAAGAAUAUAUGUCUUUGGGUGCUGUUUCACUGAAACCUCGCAACAAGAAGAUUAUAAAGUUUAUGUGGGCAACAUAAUUAGUCAGUUUAAGGAAAAUUAUCCUGAAUCUUCAAUCAUGAUUCUUGAUUUUCGGGAGGAAGAGAAAGAAAGUAGGAUUGCCUCAAUUUUGUCAGAAUAUGAGAAUAUAACUAAAAUCGACUAUCCAACGCAAUAUGAAGGCUGUCCACUGCCCUCAAUGGAGGUGAUUCACCAUUUUUUAAAAUCGAGUGAAAACUGGCUCUCACUUGCACAAGAAAAUUUUCUUAUUAUGCACUCCGAGCUUGGUGGUUGGCCUGUUUUGGCAUUCAUGGUUGCUGCUCUCUCGCUCUACAGAAAUUUUUUUACUUUUGAUAACAAGGCCUUGGAGAUGGUUCAUAAGCAAGCUCCUCAGGCUUUGUUAUCUGAAAUGUUACCGAUGAAUCCUGUACCUUCUCAGUUGAGGUAUUUACAGUAUGUCUUAAGGAGGAAUGCUGAUACAAAAUGGCCCCCAACAGAGAAGGCACUCACUUUGGAUUGUGUUAUAAUGAGAAUGAUUCCAGAUUUUGAUGGAAAAGGUGGUUGCUGCCCAAUAUUCAGGAUCUAUGGGCGUGAUCCUUUGCUGCAUGUUGAUAAAAACCCCAAACUUUUAUUCUCAACUCCAAGAAGAUGUAAGAAUAUCCGAUACUACAAUCAGGCAGAAUGUGAACUUGUUAAAAUUGAUAUUAAAUGCAACAUUCAAGGUGAUGUUGUGCUGGAGUGUAUUAACUUACAUGAUGAUAUGGUGAAAGAAAAUAUCAUGUAUCGUGCGAUGUUCAACACAGCUUUUAUCAAAUCAAACGUCUUGAUGCUUAAUCGAGAUGAAAUUGACAUAUACUGGGAUGCUAAGGAUCAAUUUCAUAAGGAUUUUAAAGCUGAGCUUCUUUUCUCGGAAAUGGAUACAUCAGCCUCUCUAGUGCCAGUAGACUUGUCGUGUUUUGAGCCUGAGGGACUCCCGGUGGAAGCAUUUACUAAAGUUAAUGAAAUGUUUAGCAAUGGGGAUUGGCUUGUUCCUAAAAGUGAUGACGCUUUAGAUAAGCUACACAAGAUGCCAUUGUCUGAUAUUUUUGAAGAAAUGUUGGAAGCUAGCAUGUAUCAAAGAACUGAAUCGAGUAAAUUACUUCAGACUAUUCCUAAAAUAAAUAAUCAUAAUGGAGAAAUUAAAUCAAGGAGCUCAUCAGACUUAGAAGCCGUUGAACAUAGAAGUAUUUCCCUUCCCACAAAAUUAUCAUCAUCAACUCAAACAUCCUUGGACGGUUCAAAAAAGUCAUUGUCUGUUUCAUCUAUGUCACCUCAUAUAAUAGUGACAUGUGCACAUCCUUCUGUUUCUGGGAAACUUGAAACACAAUUGCGUGACUCUACAAAAGAUUCAUCAGAUCCUCCUAUCCCACCAUAUGGUAAGGUUGGGCCUCCUCUUCCACCACCACCGCCACCUCCAAAGAAGGAAACUGGUCCACCUCCACCGCCACCCCCUCCUCCCAAUACCGUGACAGGACCUCCUCCACCUCCGCCACCGGCUCCAGCAGCACCAAAACCACCAGCGCCGCCAGUACCUCCACCACCAAAAAGUGAGGCAGCAACAACACCACCCCUUCCCCUGGCUUCUUCAAAUGGAAAUGUGAAAGGAUGUGGUGGUGGUGCACCACCUCCACCCCCAUCUCUUUCGUUCGAAACUGGUAUAUCUGCCCCAUCUCCACCACCUCCUACAAAUAAAAAUCGUGGUUUUUCAAGAACAACUGCAGUGAAAACUCAACCGGGAAAGAAACUAAAGCCUUUACAUUGGUCAAAACUCAAUAAACCAUCAAAAGAUAGCAUGUGGGCUGAUAAUGGUCCUUCAAAGUGUCCAGCAGAGAUUGAUAUGUUGGAACUUGAAACACUCUUCUCGGCAGCGAGCACAAAUUCCGACAAGGUUGCAGCAGUAACAUCUAAAGCUGCUAAACCUGGAAAAGUGAAACUGAUAGAAUUCAAGCGGGCAUAUAACUGUGAGAUCAUGCUCUCUAAGGUUAAGACACCAUUGAAUGAGUUGAUGGAGUAUGUCCUUGCUUUGGAUGAUACACAAAUAGGUCUAGAGAUGGUGGAAAACUUUAUAAAAUAUUGUCCUACCAAGGAGGAGAUGGAAAAACUUAAGGGAUAUACAGGAGAGAAGAACAAUUUGGGCCCAUGUGAACAGUUCUUCUUGGAGUUGAUGAAAGUUCCACGUACAGAAGCUAAACUCAAAGCUUUCUCUUAUAAGAUACAGUUUACUUCACAGGUUUCAGAGCUUACUAAGAGCCUCAAUAUGGUGUUUUUGUCAGUGGAGCAGAUCAGGAGUUCCGUAAAGUUGCGAAGAGUCAUGCAAACAAUUCUUUCUCUUGGUAAUGCGUUGAACCAGGGAACUUCAAGAGGUGCUGCUGUUGGGUUUAGAUUGGAUAGCCUUCUCAAGCUUAACGAAACACGUUCAAGAAACACCAAAAUGACUCUGAUGCAUUAUCUUUGUAAGGUGAUUGCAGACAAACUACCCGAACUCCUAGAUUUCUCCAAGGAACUUAGCAGUUUGGAACCUGCAUCAAAGAUACAAUUAAAGAUCUUGCACGAGGAAAUGCAAACUUUUGCCAAAGGAUUAGAUGGAGUAAUCCAUGAGCGGAAAGCAUGUAAUAAAGAACAUGCGUCUAAACGGUUUCGCAAGAAUCUGAAAAAGUUUCUUGCUUCUGCGGAAGGUGAAGUCAAGUCCCUACUAUCACUGUACUCUGGAGUGGUGAAAAGUGUGGAGGCCUUAAUUAUUUACUUUGGUGAAGAUCCUGUUCGUUGCCAAUAUGAGCAAGUUAUUUCAACGCUCAAAGAAUUCAUGAAAUUGUUUAAUCAAUCCCAUGAUGAAAAUUGCAAGCAGAUAGAGGAAGAAAAAAAGAAGGCACAGAAGGAGGCUGAACAAGAAAAGUUAAAACUCCAAAAUCAAAUGAAAAAUGAGUCAAAACUAGAAGAAAAUACUAAUCAGGAUUCAACGAUAAGAAAUACUCAUUGA